AUGGGUUCUAUCUUACCGCAAGAUGACUCCAAGAAAGUCGCCCUUGAUACUUCGGGACCAACGAAUGCAUGCGACACGAGUUCAAUCCAAAGAGCUUCAAUCUACAUGACCAAUGCGCAAACAAAACGUGGUCUAUCUCCACGUCAUGUGCAACUAAUGGCUAUUGCCGGCAGCAUUGGCACUGCCCUUUUUGUUGGUAUUGGUGGUGCACUUUCCAAAGCUGGCCCGCUCUCCUUGUCCCUUGGAUAUCUAUUCUGGAGCAUGUUCUUUAUUCUGCCAUGCACACUCAGUGUUGCAGAGAUGUGCGCGUAUCUUCCUAUCCGCGGAAGUAUCUUUGAGCUCGCCGGCCGCUUUGUCGAUCCCGCUCUUGGCUUCUCCAUGGGCUGGACGUACUUCUACGGUGGUGUCAUGCUGGUUUGUGUGGAAUAUAGUGCUGUUGCCACCGUGAUGCAGUAUUGGAAUACUAGCAUCAACGCAGGUGUAUGGGUUGCCAUGACUCUGGUCGUCUGUUUCCUGCUGAAUGUGAUUGCCGUCAAGUGGUAUGGAGAGUCUGAGUUCGUUAUGGCAUCAACGAAGGUUAUUUUGAUCAUCGGCCUCAUUCUGCUUACUCUGAUCACCAUGUGUGGCGGUAACCCUCGAGGCGAUGCUUACGGUUUUCGAUACUGGGGCAACGGGAACGCGAUGCAUGCCUAUUAUACUGAUGGGGCAGCUGGAAGAUUCCUCGGAUUCUGGUCUGUAGUCAUUUACGCCGCAUUCACCAUUGGUGGCCCCGACCUAAUCUGCUUCACGGCUGGCGAAAUCCAGAAUCCCCGGAAAACUAUACCCCGAGUCGCUCGCUUAAUAUUUUAUCGACUGGCAUUCUUCUACGUUGUUGGAGUGUUUGCCGUCGGAAUCAUCUGCUCAAGUCGUGAUGAGCGAUUACUGAAUGCUCUGGGCAGUGGCGCUUCCGGAGCUGCAGCUUCGCCCUGGGUUAUUGGCAUCCAGAAUCUCGGUAUUCAUGGUUUACCUGAUGUGAUCAAUGCUGUCAUAUUACUUUCCGGCUGGUCCUGUGGGAACGCGUACUUAUACUCCACGUCUCGCUCUUUGUAUGGGCUUGCUCGCGAUGGACUCGCUCCCAAGGUAUUCACGAAAUGCACCAAGUCAGGUGUGCCUAUCUACUCAGUCACAGCUGUCACUUUACUCUCUUGCCUCUCAUUCCUCGUCGUUUCAAAUUCCUCUGUUACAGUUUUCUACUGGUUCGUUGAUCUUACUACCGGUGGAUUUGUCUAUGUCUACACUUGCAUGCUCUUAACAUUCAUCGGGUGGCAUCGCGCUUUGAAAGCUCAGCCAGACAUUGUGCCGGAGUCGUCAUUACCGUACCUAUCACCGUUCAGGCCUUAUGGUGCUUACUUUGCUUUUGUUUUGGGUUGUAUAUUUCUUCUCUUUAUCGGCUGGGACACAUUCUCGCCCUUUGAUGUUGAAGGGUGGAUAACCUACUACUUCGCCACUGCGUUCGGCCCAUUGAUGUUUGUGGUCGGAAAGCUCUUGAAGAAAACAAAAUGGGUGAAGCCUUCUCAAGCGGACCUUAUCAGUGGAAAAGCCGAAGUUGACGAAGAGUGCCAAGUAUGGGAAGAUCCUGCUGCAAUUGAGAAGGAGAGGCUACGUUUGCAACACAUGAACUGGCUUCGAAGAUUCUGGGAGAGACUUUGGUAG